CAGAACCAGUCUCCAUCGAGGCGAGACGAGGAGGUGAGUCUGUGCCCGUCGGGAUGAGGACUUCAGAGCUCUGCCACACUGUCUCUUUUUAUUUUUUUGGUGUCUCCUCUCAGCUGAAGCAGUCUGCUGGCUGCUGGCAGAGACUCAGAGACUCUGAUUACUGACUGCUCACACUCUGCUGCUGCCGGAGCUGCUGCUGCUGCUGCUGGAGCUCUUCCUCACACACACUGUUCCUCACACACUCUUCCUCGGGCUCAGCUGCACGCCGGAGCGGUCCUGUCAGGUCGACCAUAUGGACAGGCCACCGGUCUCAACCAUGGAGCUGAAGCCGUGUAUCGAAUACCAUGACCUGGAGGCUGCCGAGGCGCUUGUUAGCAUGAGUUUCUGGGGUCAAAGGUCACACAAGCCCCGCCCACUCACCCCAACCUCUGACUCCUGUGAUUCCAUCCAUCUCCACCCAGAGGGGGGCGACACUCCGAAAGACUUGAUCGCUCUGUCUUCACUGUGUAUGACUCCUCCACAUAGUCCAAGCUUCGCAGAGGCCUCCACCACUGCUGUCCUCACCACCACGACUGCCCUAAGCCCCGCCUCCAGACCACUCCCACCCCGCCCCGGCUCCGCCUUCCUCAGCGACACCCUCACCUCUUCCUCCUCCUGCCCUUUCUCCUCAGAGACUUCACCUCAGACAGAGUCGUCCUGUUUGACUCCACCCGGCAGAGCGAUGGCCACCAGCGUCAUCCGUCACACUGCCGACCGCCUCACCACUCCUCCUCCUCCUCUUCUUCCUCCUCCCUGCUCCUCCCCGCCCACGCAAAUCUCCACGUUGGGAGUUCCACAGACUGCUCCACAGGAGAAAGACCGACCCCCCCCUUCUCCUGUCAGCCCACCCUCCCUGCCCCCUUCAGUGUCGCCUCCUCACCCCUCCCUCCCGCCCCUCACCUGCUCUUCCUCCUCGACCCCCACGGUCUCCUCAUCCCCCGUCCUCUGUCAGGUGUUCCCUGUGAGCAGCCGGACAGGUAUGAUCUCUGCCUUCGUCCAGGCUCCGGUUCAGGUCCAGACUCAGGGGGGGCCCAAACCCAUCUUACCCCAAUCUCCCCCAAGCUUUGCUCAGCCCCUGCUGGUGGGCUCCGCCAUGCCACAGGGGACCGUGAUGUUCGUAGUUCCCCAGCAGUCCGUCUCCCAGGGGACGCAGGGUGCACAGACUGUCAUGACCCUGGGCAACACAAAACUCCUCCCCCUGGCCCCCGCCCCGGUUUACAUGCCGACAGGAGCAAGCGGCAACACCUCGCAGGCCGACUUUUCCCGCCGACGAAACUACGUCUGCAACUUCCCCGGCUGCAAGAAAACCUACUUCAAGAGCUCCCACCUGAAGGCUCACCUGCGCACACACACAGGUGAAAAGCCGUUCAGCUGUCACUGGGAGGGCUGUGACAAAAAGUUCGCCCGCUCAGACGAGCUUUCCCGCCACCGCAGGACGCACACCGGCGAGAAGAAGUUUGUCUGCAACGUGUGCGACCGCCGUUUCAUGCGCAGCGACCACCUGACCAAACACGCCCGGCGGCACAUGACCACCAAGCGGGCGUCGACGUGGCCCGCUGAAACCCGAGACCUCAACAAAGUGGCUCUGCCAAAGGGCCAAACCAGAGGCCCUGCACUCCCUGUUGGCAUGCUGGUUUCCACCGCCAACUAACAGACUCAAGUCAGCGGCCCACAGGGGCCAACUCAGGACCCAGGGCCGGGGCCCGCCCACAAGACUAACAGGUUAAACUGGCUGUUUCAAUCAGCUCCACAUCAGGAGAAACUUUUACACUUCACACUCCGCUGGUGAACGCUCACUGUGCUCUGGCUACGUUUACAUGAACAACAGGGUCAUUAACACGGAAAACUCUGAUUAACGAAGGCUGGCCAAGAUGGCCGCCUCGUCUUUAACAGGUUGCUGUGGCAUGAAACAAACGACUGAUGGCUGAAGACUUAUUUGUGACUUCUGGUUCCUGGCUUAUAUCAGACUCUACUGUGAGCCAAAUGCUAACAUUAGCAUGUUAGCAUGAUCAUGUUCACAUCUCAGAAAAUGCACAAGCACAUUAUUAACCCACAGAAGGAAAGGUGAUGCUUUAAUCAUGCUAACACACUAAGAAUUAGCUUUUCAACACAUUUAGGUUAGUCAGUUCUCGUUAGCAUGUUAGCAUUUCAUUCUUAUUCACAUACUUUUGAGAUAUAAACAUUUAAAAUGACAACUAUAAAUGCUAUUAAUAGUUUGAGAACCAGCUAACUCAAUUAGUUAUAAUUAGCAUGUUAGCACGCUAACUUUGUUUAGUGUCAUUGAAACGCUAACAAGCUAAUUAAAGUUUAAAAACAAGCUAACAAUUAGCCUGGUCAAAUGUUCACCUUUAGUUUAGAAUCUUUUAUUAGCUUGUUAACAUGCUAAUAAGCCAUUUUUAAAAUGCUAACAGUCAUACAGCUAGAAUUCUUAACAUGCUAAUGAUAGCAUUUAGCUUGGAAUGCAUUUAUGAGUUGAGGAGGUGUCUUGACCUGCUGGUGGCGCUAGAGGAAAAGACUCAGGGUCCCAAAAGUCCGAGCUGGGUUCAAGCUCUAAAGAACCACAAACCAAAUUUAGCCUAAGGGAACUUCAGCUUCCUCUCUUUCCUUCCUCUUAGCAUUUAUCUGUCACUCCGUAUGUUUACAUAUUUACUGUGAACGACCUUUUUAUUUGACUUGUUUACACAUUGUUCAUGGUAAGUCCGAUUUUCCAGCUUACGUGAUGUUUUUAUCGAUGCAGGGCACAACUUUUUAAGCGAUCACUUAGCUCUUAAUGUCAGAUCUGACGCAGCAGUUUUCAAAUAUCAAAGGUUUAUAAUCCAACGAGUGCCAUUUGAUUUCCUUCCUGAAGUCACUUUUUAAAGAUUCAAACAGUGUUGAGAAGUUCUUCCAUCUGCAGCCCUUUAAUGUUUUUAUACUCACAUGUCCCAGCGUUGAUGCUGUGCUCUGAAAUACGGUGUAUUCAUGCCACAGUGCUUCAGGUGUUCAUUUGUAAUAAUCAGAGUUUUGCUGUGAUGAAGUGAAGGGAUGUAGACGGAGCCGGAGCCGCCGGCGGACCACGGAGCGAGUUUUCCGCCAUACUCAGGACAUUUUAUUCCCACAACCACAAACUCACCGGAGGAGGACAAGAGGGCGACAGGCUGCUAUUCAUCCACGGACAGAAACCAACAAAAACCUGACAUUGCACUGGAUUUUUUAAAUAAAUCUUGCUCGUUUUUGUACUCUCUCCGUGUAUAAUCAUGUUUACUACAUGUGUAAAUGUCACGUUUAGAGAAAAAAAGAUGUAUGCACUCUUCAUUUUUUGCCAAAGCCUCUGUAUUGUGCUUCUAUUAUUGGCUAUAACUUCUGUUAAUUUGUCUGUGACUGUACAUACUGUAAAUAGAUUGAUAUCUAUAUGAAUGUUACGUGUAUUCCAAUCUGCAUUUAUUGAACAGUACGAGUUAUUGAUAUUUUAAAAUGUCAGUGGACAGUAUUCCUCACUGUGAUACUACCUACUAUCUUUGCUUUACACAUUAUUAUUAUUAUUUAAUAAACAUUUGUUGAGGAAAAAGUGCUGUUUUUGAUAGCUUGAUUUGGCCCAUAGUGUAGCCAGUAAGAAAAUACCUCAUCUUAUUAAAUGUUAUUCCUAAUAAUAACGGCUUAUAUCGGAAUAAUCCCAUUUCUGAACAUUUGCCUGUAAGCGAUGGUGAAGAAUAUGGCUUUUAUAAUAAAAAGUUACCAUGACGAAAAAAA